CCCUACAUGUCUAGUGGCAGCCACUAAAGUCACAUAUGACCCACUCACUGGGCUUGGGUUAGGCGGGCCCCUUGAAUUUUGGUGACAGCCCUGCAUGCAGAAGGCUCUCAUGACUUCUCCUAUUGGCCACAUUCAAGUUUUAAAUGUGAAAGUGCUAUCAUAUAAAGGGUAAAAAAAAGUCACUGUCUUCUCACAGGAAAUGACACUGAGUGGCACAUGACUAUCAGACCAGCCACACCAUAUAUCAGCUACUUUAUACAAAUAAAACUGACAGACAAAAGCGUUCAGAUACAUACAAUGGAAAUAUCUCAGAGUGUUUAUGGCAAUAUGAUCAUUGAUGGAGCAGGGGAGAUGAACAAGGACGAUGGAGAUGAGCUGAAUAUCUAUAUCAAUGCAGACACUGUAAGCAGUCAUGAUGUCAGGACAGACACAGAGGACUCAAAAAGACACCAAAAAUCUCAACACAAAGGAAGUGAGUAUGUGAGGAACAGAAGCUUCAGAGCAGCUACAGUGUGUUUGGGGCUACUGUGUGUUCUUCUGCUUGCUGCAGUCAUAGUGCUGUGUGUACAACUCAAUACAAACAUUCACCAGUGUCACAACAAGAGCACCGAAGAGAGACACCGACUACUAACCAAUAAUACCAUUCUAAAGGAAGAAAGAGACCAGCUACUCAACAAUAAAAUAAACUUGACAAAAGAGAUGGAUGAAUUAAUAAAAGAGAAAAACAACUAUAUGAACCAAAGUGAAAAGUUGAAUCAGGAGAAGAGUGAACUGCGGAACAGUCUUCGUAAAAUGGAUGGAUGGAUUUUCUAUCAAUUCAGUUUUUACUUCAUUUCCACUGAGAAGAGAAGCUGGAGUGAGAGCAGAAGAUACUGUACAGAGAGAGGAGCAGAUCUCCUGAUCAUAAACAACCUAACGGAACAAGUCAGUGAAAGACUGUGUGUGUGAGUAUGUGUGUGUGAGUAUGUGUGUGUGUGUGUGUGUGUGUGUGUGUUUGUGUGUGUUAAAUUAAACUGCCUGUGUAUCUUCACCAAAAAUAUGUAGGAUUUGAUAUGUAAAUAAUUAGUUUAAGAAUCUUGGCCGUGGUUGAUAGGGAGGGUAGGGUCACAUGGGAUAACCUCCUUGUGGUCGCGAUUAGUGGAUUUUUACUCUCAAUGGGGCGUGUAGUAAUUUGUGCAUGGAUCGCAGAGAGUAGCAUGAGCCUCCACAUGCUGGGAGUCUCCGCAGUGUCAUACACAACGAGCCACGUGAUAAGAUGUGCAGACUUACAGUCUCAGAAGCAGAGGUAACUAAGACUUGUCCUCCACCACCCAGACUGAGGUGAGUAACUAAGUAGUGUGAAUUGGGCAUUCCAAAUUAGGGAUAAAAAAGGGGAUUUAAAAAAAAAGAAUCUUGUUGGUGUUCUACCACCAAAAUAAUUUAGGGAAAUAUAU